CUGCAGGGAUGCUCUCUGGAAGCUGGAAAUUGACAGUGAUUUAUGGCUUCCAGUGGAUCUCCAGCUACAGAAUGCCAUGCCAUUGUGCUUGCAUGGUCACACAGCCACCUAUGACCCUGACACCAAGCGGAUCUACAUCUUUGGUGGCAUAAGGGAGGACAAAGACUACAGCAGCAUUUACAUUCUGGACACAGUCACCUGGAAAUGGCUCUUUGUGGCCGUGAGUACUGCAUCUCUUCCAAGACAAAAGUGCAGGAGGAGUGGCAGGUUCUGCCUGAAUGUGACAGUCCAUGUGCACGUGUCCUUAGUCCAGUGGUCUUGGUCCACUGUUGGUGCAGGCUGUCUGAGGUGCCUAGCUGGGUUUGACAGGUAUUAGGAGGCUGUGUUGAAAAGCCACAUGCUGAACAGAAACCAGGAGCUGUGCCUACAGUGAAUGAAGCAAUGGGAAAAAAUUGCUGCUGCAGAGGGCUCUGCCUGACUAAGCUCAAUGGUGGGAGGUACUGUACAAGUAGUGGAGGGAAAUGGCCUCUCAUUUUAUAUGGUGUAAUUGAGGGCAGCACCAGAUGCUGAGGUGCAGAGCCAGUCUUCUCAAAUCAGGAACUGCCCUGAGUACAGCAGAAUUCUGAGCCCUUGUCAGCAUGGGACUGUCUCUUUCCUGGUAAAGCACAAAAUGGCUUUUACAGAGUAAGCCUGGAUGAGAUCUUUCUGUUCCCUGACAUCUUCUGAGGAAGGUGUGGGAGGCUGACUUCCUUUUCUUAUCAGAGCAUUCUGGUGCAAAGAAUGCAAAGAAUGUACUGUCUGCCUGUGCAGCAAAGAUCUGGCAGGGGGGCCAAUAAAGUGAAAAUUGAGACUUGUCAAACUCAUUGCAUGAUGUGAGCCCCUUUCCUAUAGGUCAUGCAGCAAAUAAUGCACUUCUUGUAACAAAAAUAUAUUCAAUCUUUCUAGGCUAAAGGGAGGAUACCAGUGCUCGCCUACCACAGUGCAACUAUCUACAACAAGGAGCUCUUUGUUUUUGGAGGAACUUUCCCCAGAAAGGCAUCGCUGGCAGUUGCACCCUGCAGCAAUAUGCUCUAUGUCUUCAAUCCAGAGCAUGAAAUUUGGUAUCAGCCCAUUUCAGAAGGGGAGAAGCCUCUUCCUAGGCUUGGGUGAGAGUGCUUUAAUUCCAGCUAUCCAAAAUAGUUCAGGAAACCUCUACUUAUCUUCCCCCCCACACCAGUGUGAUUUCUUAAAUAUUAGGUGAUUGCUCUCCACCAUGUAUUCUUUAAGGUAGGGCUGUGUUUAGAGCAAUGGGAUUUUCAGUACCUCUUGUUGUGAAUCCUGAUGAGAUUUUGUCCCAGGUGUAGACUGAAGCUGUGGCAGCCCAGUAGAAGAGGCCAAGGCUAAAAUGGAAGUUUUGGGAACUUGCUGAAGAUGUUUUAUUAAUUUGCUUGCUCUCUGCCCAGGCAUUCAGCUACCCUAUUGAAAAACAAGCUGGUGAUUUUUGGGGGUCAGAGGACUUCUGUCUACCUCAGUGACAUGCACAUUCUGGAUCUGGGUAAGAAAGUCUGAGCCUUGAGAAGGUCUGUUCCAAGACAGGUACUUGGGAGUGAGGUGUGCUCAAUGGGAAAAUAGCAAGAGCAUUAUACAAACUCCUGUCUAGGCAAUGGAGAUGAAAAACUAGGGGUUAAAAAAAAACCUUUCUGGGGCAAUAAGGGAGGGGAAGAAGAAAAAACAAUGCUUUUUUGGAAGAAGUUGGGUAACAGAUAAGGCAGAGGCACUGUUGAUGUGGCAGAGUAUCUAAGUUUUUGUCUAGUUAUGAGGCUGAGGUUUUUGGACGUUUCACCUGCCUUUUCUCUGUCUGUCAGGUUUCAUGGAGUACACAUCAGUCCCCCUCCUGGCAGGACAGCCUUCUGCACGUAGCUUUCAUGCAGCUCUGGCUGUGUCGGACCAGAAGGUUCUGAUCAGUGGAGGCUGCAAUGCCAGAGGAGCCUUGCAAGAUGCCUUUGUCUUCCACCUAGACACUCUUUCAUGGAGCACAGUGAUCCACCAUGACCUCUGCUCUGUUCCCCGAGCUGGCCACACACUGCUUGACCUGACUCCUGCCCACGUGAUGGAUAUGGACAAGGAGAACAAAGGGGAGCAGAAGCUGCACACGGUGUUGGUCUUUGGGGGCUCCAACAGUGCUGGGACCUUUUAUAACAGCACCCUCAAGAUCCAGCUGGACCUAGGGUAAUGCAUGAUUCACAGAAUGAGCCUGAACAGCAAGGCUCUGCACCAGCCUAGAUACAGACAUGGAUGGCAAUAAAUGAGUCCAAGCAACUUGGCAGGUAUCUGUAUGUAGGUGAAUGGCACCUUGGUACAAGAGACUGUGGGUCCAUAAGGUCUGAAUGCCAUGGGUAUUGUUUUCCUAGGGUACCUGUAUACAGUAUCUGGGCUCAGGUGCCAAAACAUUCAGUGGGAUCUGAGCUGACUCUGCACAAGAACACAGACAAAGGUUAUGGGUUCCUUUUUUGCCCUACAGGUUUUUAGCUGGAAUUCCCAGGGUGCUUUCAGCUUUGUGGGUGACUUAGGUGUUUGGUUUCAUUUGGGAUGAGUGAGAUGGUAUUUAUUGCUGCUAUUUUACAGUAAAAACACAGGCAUGGUUCUGGUUUGGAGGGAAUCUGGGGUGGGAUUUCCUUGGGCAACAGUCUGCAGCUGAAGGCCAGGAAACCACCUAGAGCAGUAUCUGAGGAUGAGAAAAAGAAGAGAACAUAAUUUUCAUUGUAGGGAAGAGAGCUGGUUGUGCCUUGCUGUCUAAGGCACCAUCACCUAGCUUUGCUCUAGGCAGACCUUUCAUAAAAUCCAUGUGACGGCUCUUAUUAUUGCAAGGGGUGACAGAGCCGCCAACUUGGCUCUUUCAAGACCCCAACAAGGGUUAAGCUAUCUUCCAGCAGAGAUUAGAUCUGAUUGUUUAUAUCCAAGGAGCUGAUGACUGUGCUGUGGCUCUGAGGCAGCUCCAAGGAUAAGCACACUGUGUACACUCAUUCCCUGAUGCUCUUUCUGUAGAUGGUGGGAAGAA